CGCGCCCGCCCGAGGCGCCAGCGCGCCGUCCAGGUUGGCCGCCCGGCCCAACCCGGGCCCGCGCAGCGGUGCGCCACGGCCGGUGCCCGCGGAACGCCGCGCGGCCCAGCAGCCCUCCCGCCGCCCGCCGCUGGGGCAGAGGCCGCUCUCCGCCGCGCGGCACGGGAGGCGGGAGCAGCCGCAGCCAGCCGGCGGCGGCGGCAGCGGCUGCGGCUACUCCGCUGUCCGCGUCGUCGCGCGGCUUCCCGUGUGA